UAAACCAGAAGAAGAAGAAGAAAGGAAACCUGAAGAAAUAAAAUACCGAGGACAUGUCUUCAGUGGUUGAUACGGGCGUGAACAGAGAUCAACAGAGCCAUGGCCAGCGGGAAUAAUGGGAAGGAAAAGCCUAAACCUAAAGCUGGAGACAUGAUUGAAUUUCCACGUGCAGCUGGCUACUCCCACUUUGGGAUCUAUGAUGGAGAGGGCAGUGUAAUCCAUGCCACAUCUGAUUAUGCAGCGAGUGGAAGUGUGAUUAGAAAGGAACCUGUGGAGAAGGUGGCUACAAAUGGGAAUUACAAAGUCAGCAACCAAGACAAUAAGAAGACCCCUCUCUCACCUGAAACUAUUGUUUCACAAGCAGAGAAGAGGAUUGGAAAACCUGUUCAGUACAAUCCAGUCACCAAUAACUGUGAAACUGUUGCCUCGGAAUUGAGAUAUGGAAAAGGCCAUGGCCAUUCUGAACAGGGAGAGAAGAUUAAAAAAAGUUUGGUUAAAACAGGAGAAGAUUUUCUGAGGAAUGCAAAAGAAACCCACAACCACUUUGAAGGUUCCUAAGGGAAGACACAACCUUUCAAUAAUUAACUUCUGCCUUUGCAAAUGUUAGGUAAUAAACCUUUGCAUCACUGAC